AUGACUGGAACUCCAGCUUCAGAUGCUCAGGAAUAUCUUGCUGCCAAUGGGUGGGACAUCGAAGCUGCCGUCACAGAGUUCUUUGCGGAGCAAGACGAAGCAUUGCAAGAUAGCAACACUGGUGGCGAGCGACAACUAGGCACAGAAGGUAGCUCCGGAGCUCCUUCGGGGGGUAGAACUCUUGGGGGAGGUCCCGUACCAGCUUCAUCCUCUGCCGCAGCUGAGUCCUCAUCAUCCGCCCGAGGCACUGCUCCCAAGAAAAGGUUUGCGACACUAGGAGACUUUGCUUCGGGAGGAGGAGGUGGCGGCGGUGAUUCGUCCGAUGGCAAUGACACCGACGAUCAUGACCAUGACUUCUUUACAGGUGGUGAAAAGUCUGGACUAGCUGUGCAGAACCCGGAUGACUUGAAAAGGAAGAUCCUCGAAAAGGCUCGCAAAGCGCAGCCUCCUCCUUCAGACGACCCCCAGCCAAGGGAAUCACACUUCACCGGCACUGCCCGCACACUCGGGGGUGAUGAUACGCCAAGUCAGGUUAUUGAAAACCCCUCGGCGCCUACUCAACAGCUUGCCCAGCGUGUUCAGCGAACUCUUCAUUUCUGGGCCGAUGGUUUCUCCGUUGAUGACGGUGAACUGUUUCGAUCAGACGACCCCCGCAAUGCAGAGAUCUUGGACGGUAUCCGCCAAGGCCGCGCUCCUCUGUCCAUCAUGAAUGUUCAACCCGGCCAGGAGGUCGAUGUGGAACUCAAGCAGCAUGAAGAAAAGUACACCAAGCCCAAGCCGAAGUGGAAGCCUUUCUCGGGUUCUGGACAGCGCCUCGGUAGCCCGACCCCCAGUGUACGGAGCCAAGCCCCCACACCUUCGUCCUCCACGACUGCAUCAUCUGUCCAGGAGCCACCGAAGCCCACCGUGGACGAGUCAAAACCUACGGUUACCCUACAAAUCCGUCUAGGAGAUGGCACGCGGUUAACGUCUCGGUUCAAUACCACCGCCACCAUUGGCGAUGUCUAUGCAUUCGUUGCUGCUGCUACCCCGGAUGGCGCAAACCGCUCGUGGGUCUUGAUGACGACUUUCCCCAGCACAGAGCUUAAGGACUGGGAUGCCGUUCUUGGAGACAUGCCCGAUUUCAAACGUGGAGGUGUCGUUGUGCAGAAGUGGCAGUAA